AAUGGGUUGAGAAAAUUUCCAGUCUUCACUGUUGAUGUCUGUCCUGACAAUAAAUCUGAUUGGGAGGCUGCGUCUAUGAGACUGAACUGUACAAUAGAAUCAAAAGAUUAUAAGAAUAGAUAUCACUGUGUGGCCACAAGAGACCGAUCACAACUGGUGGAAUUCUGUUACCCACAAACCAGGAGUAUAUAUGGAAUAGGCCAGUGUGUUAUUUUUGAUUCUUCUUUUUUCUUGGACAAUUAUACUUGUCUUCAUUUUACUUAUGGAUGCCCGGAUGAACAUUAUUUCACGGACGAGCUAUAUAACUACCCUAGUUGCUUUCGUAUUGAGCCCGUUUUGAAAUGUUUUAUGUCUGAAGAAAAAUGCCGGAAGAAUCGAGCUACAACAACGGAAAGGAAAGAGGUAUCAACAUCCCAAACAGUUAUUUCUCAGAAUCACACUAUACAAGAGCAGGAAGGGAUACAUUUGGUGCCAGUGUUGGCCCCCUUGAUAACCAUUCUAGGGAUCAUUUCUGGAAUAGUCGUGUUUGCAACGAUUAUGUGGAAAAGAAAGCGGUGCAAAAUAUUCUUUAGAAGAAAACAUCCGGGAAUUAAUGAUAAUGUCAACAUUUUUGAAAACGAAUCAUUGCUUAAUAAUGAGCAUGACGGGAAGAUGCUGCAGUUGCAUAAUUUCAAUCAAGAAAACACAGACAGAAAGGAUAGCAUAACACUGCCAGAAGACCAAGUUGGCCUUGAAAAUGAUCCAGAUAUAUCAGAAAAUUCGAAUAGAAAUAAAGAGAUCACAAUAACCACAGACAAAUACCAUCAAGACGACGCCAUGUACACAAAAUGUAUCCAUGAAGAAGGACUUAAAAAACAAAAAACAUCAGAUGAGCAUGGCGGGGAGAUGCUACUUUUGCAUAACGUCAAUCAAGAACACACAAACAGAAAGGAGAACAUAACACUGUCUGAAGAGCACGUUUGCCUUGAAAAUGAUCCAGAUAUAUCAGAAAAUUGGAAUGCAAAUAAAGCCAUGACAAUAACCACAGACAAAUACCAUCAAGAAGACGCCAUGUACACAGAAUAUAUCCACGAAGUACUUAAAGAACAAAAAAAAAAAGAUUAUGGCUUCCUCCAGUACAAAAGAAGACAGGAUUUUGCUCUGAAUCUCUGCAAAACAUCCUACCUUCAAAGUAAGUAUACAGGUCAAAUGUUGAUGGCCAAUUAUAUAUAUGUAGCAGAGUUUUCAAUUCUGUGUUUGUUGGUGCUGUUGUUUAACAUCCCUCUCUAGAAUAUUUCAUCUCAUGGAUGGAGAUGCCACCACUUGCCGAUGGAGUGCUACAAGUUUUGACAAAUGCCUGUGACUCGGGUCCAUUGAGCAAUUUUCGAUACUACUGUGAUAUUGAAAUUAUGCGGUCCCAUUUGAAGGACAAGUCUCCACGUCCCACAGUCAAAUACUCCGCGAGUCUAAAGCAGAUACUCUAACCA